AAAUGGACUUGCCCGAGAUCGGGCGCUCGCAGAAGGAAAGUGCCGUUAGGACGAGCGGUAGCAAGGGCGGAGAGAGUGUGACGAGAGUAUGUAAAAGACGAAACGGAAUCGUGUUUGAAUUGUCUGCAAGGAUACAUCUGUAGGGGAUAUUAGCAGAAUGGAAAUACACAUGGGUCCUAGCGACAACGGCUGACUGUCCUGCAGACGACAACGCGAAUGGCCAAUGUCCGCGUUGCCGUGCGCGUGCGGCCGCUUAACGACAAGGAGGUGGACGCAGGAGCACACAGCAUUAUUACAACUCACGGCAAUAGUCUCAGCAUUAAAAAUGUUAAGGUUGAAGGUUUAUCGGAAUAUGGAGACAGCCGGGAUCGCUUAAAACACUUCACAUUUGACUACUGUUAUGAUUCAGCGUCAGAACGCAACACAUCCAGUGAUUAUGCUUCUCAAGAACUGGUAUAUCAGGAUCUGGGAACAGAGAUACUACAGGCAGCCUUUGAUGGCUACAACACAUGUCUGUUUGCUUAUGGACAGACAGGCACCGGAAAGACCUAUACAAUGAUGGGAUAUCCGGGUGAAGUUGGCUUGACACCAAGAAUUUGUGAGGGACUCUUCAGCCAUGUCGAUGACAACCCAGAAGAGAAUAUUACCUUCAGAGUGGAGAUCAGCUACAUGGAGAUUUACAACGAACGCGUGCGUGAUUUGCUGCAACCGUCAGGCCCGCGUGAGAAGUACACGCUGCGGGUGCGGGAACACCCAAAGGAAGGGCCGUACGUGCAUGAUCUUUCACGGCAUGUAGUGCACGAUUUUCACGAGAUUCAAACUCUGCUGGACAGAGGAAACCAACUGAGGACAACAGCAGCCACUCACAUGCAUGAGCACAGUAGCCGCAGCCAUGCCAUUGUCACGGUCAACUUUACUCAGGCGAAGAUGGAAAGUGGUCUACCUAGUGAGAUCGUCAGCAAAGUGCAUCUUGUGGACUUAGCGGGCAGUGAGCGUGCUGAUCCCAGCUACCAUGCUGAAUACAAAGGGCGCAUCACAGAGGGUGCAAACAUCAAUAAAUCUCUUGUUACUCUUGGCAAUGUCAUCAAAGCUCUGGCUGAAACCUCACUACUAACUUGGAGCAGUGAGACAAUUUCAUCAAAUCAGACAUUUGCUGGUUCUGCGGAUGGUCAGCUAGGAUCGCCACUGGCAGGACUGCGAAAGUCACGGCCACCCUACAUACCCUACCGUGACUCUGUUCUCACCUGGCUCUUGAAAGAUAGUCUAGGUGGAAACUCAAAGACACUGAUGAUUGCAACUGUAACACCAGCUGGUAAUUACUACAAUGAGACCAUCAGCACAUUGCGCUAUGCACAACGAGCAAAGAGCAUCAUCAAUAAGCCAAGAAUCAACGAGGACGCUAAUGUAGCACUAAUUCGCCAGUUGAGAGAGGAGAUUGAAAAAUUGAAGCAGAUGUUGGCAUCAGCAAGGAUGCAUGGUCCUCAGCACGUUAGUGAGCUUCUCUGCCUGCUUCCCCAUAUGGAAAGGUUUUUGAAUUAUUCAUCUGAUGCUGAGGAUGAGGCAGGAGCAUCCCUUCCUGAACAAAAUUCUGGUGAUAUUAUUACAGAAAAAUUAAAGGAAAAUGAAGCUAUGGCUAACCAUCUGACACAGACAUGGCUGGAUAAGUGGAGUGAGGCACACAGUUUGAUAAAGGACAGUGACCUGUCGAUCCGAGGAUUACAGGGUCGUCGAUCGAGUUCCUAUGGAAUUAUUAUUGACUCGCAGCUCCCUCACCUGAUUGGCAUGGAUGAAGAUAUUCUGAGUACUGGAGUCAUCAUUUUUCAUUUAAAGGAGGGCAAGACGCUAAUAGGUAGAGAAGAUGCCAGGCAGGAACAAGAUAUUGUACUGGAUGGAACUGGCAUACAUGCUGAACAUUGCUUCAUCACCAAUGAACAUGGAGAAGUCACAUUGCACCCUCGACAUGGAGCACCUUGCAAAGUCAAUGGGAUUGUUGUCUUCAAGCCCACAAUUCUCACUCAAGGUGAUGUGUUGAUAUUUGGGAAUACAAAUACCUACCGUUUUAACAAUCCUGCACAAGCUGCAAAACUUAGGCAGCAUCGUAAGCAUAAAUGGGGUGGGAGUUUACAAGAUGGAGAACUUUCAUCAGCAAGUAGCAUGAUCUCCCUUUCUGAUACAGAAGUCACACGAGUUGCUCCACUACUGAUGUUUAAUCCAAAGCUUGCCUCCGCCCAGAUCUGUUUGGAACUGGAACAUACCUAUGCAACAGAGGCUGAACGUAUUCGGCAGGCCAGAAAAGAACUUGCAAGACUGCAUGCUGAGGUGACUGACAGGGACGAGGCCAGACAGGAAGAAGAGGAACAAUUGUGGGCAGAACAUGAACGUCACAGACAGGAACUGGAAGCAGAAAAAAUUCGCCUUGAGUGUCUUGUCGAACGUCUUCAUACACAAGAAAACGAGGCACAGGAGUCACUACAAAAACAACGGGAGCUGCUGGAUCAGGAAGCUGCACUAUAUAAAGAGCAGCUGAGAUAUGAGCUUGAGCAGGUGUCUAAGAGUCAGGGAACUCAAUCUGAGGCUACAUGUCAAACAGACACUCUUCAUCAUUCAGUGAAGGGCAGUCAGGCUGAUGGUACUGCGUAUGUAGUCAGUGCAGCAGAGUCUGGUGCCGUAGCUAUUAGUGGUCCAGUGGGGCAGGAAAUCAGAAAACGUAAGUUGUCUCUUGAAGGACGAGUGAAAGGCUUAGCUCAUCAAGAGCUUCUUCACACACUGGGCUUCAAGCAAGCAGAGCGUGACUUGAAGAUACAAGAAGAAGAAAUGGAAAAAGAACUAUUCCAGAAGCGCAAUGAGAUAGAGAGUCGCUGGGUCCAGAUUUGUGAAAAAGAAGAAAUGUAUCAUGAUGUUGACACAACACGUUUAGCUCAUAUUCUUCAAGAGAAGGACCAGCUGGAAGAGCUUCAGAGGCAGGAAGAACAGUUAGAAUUGUAUCUUGAAGAGAAACAAGAUCUGAUGGCAGUAGUUAAAGCCUGUCCUCAGCCUCUGCGAGGGGCAAGCAGUGAGCAGACUCUCACAUUUGCAGAUGAUGAUAUGCAGAACUCCUUCCGUCCUACUCGAGCUGCCAGUGAGGCUGCCUUGGAUGAAAAGUAUACUGUAUAUGAUGCUGGUGCUUCAGACUAUGCUGUGUCAGACUCUAGGGAAUCAUUUUAUAAUGCUAUUGGAAUUCUUCAUUCCUAUGGACAUGAUUCCAACACACUUUCAUACUCAACAGACUCUUUUGAAGCAUUUCAGGUCUGUGAAGUUCUGUCUCAGUCUUGUGAUUCAGAAAUUGAUAAAGUGGAGGUUUCCAGUCCUACUUCUGAAGUAGAUGUAAACCUACCUUUAACGCAAGAAAGACAUUCAGUGAGACCUCAGACUUUGGUAGAAGGUCGAGGCCGUGGAAGAAGUAGAGUUCCCAGGGGCAGAACACAUCCAGUGCAGGGUCAAGGUCAAGAAAAACUUGAAAGUUCGCUGAAGAAACUUACAUCAACAGCAGCAGAAGUUACUGCACGUCUGUACAAGAGUCGAUCUCCAAGACCUGAUCUUGAAGGUAAUUAUCUACGCAGCAAGCAUGACAGAGGGGUAGAAGCAUCAUCAUAUUCUCCUCCAUCUCGCAAGGCGGUGUCACCCCCAGUCUUUCACAAGUCACUUUCUCCUCAGCCCAAACAAAGCAUGAGAAAGAGAACAUCAAAUGCUUUUGCCAGCUCCACUGUUAAGGAGACUAGAUCUGGUGUUAGUCAAUGUCCAGUGGAAGAACCAAACUCUAGGAGUGAACAGGAUAUUUAUGGACCUUUAAAUAAAGGCAGCUCUGAUGGUGGGUCAAUGAAACAUUCACCAGGAGGCCAAAAGAAGCCUAGCACUGACACACUAUUGAAAACAAAUGUGAGGAAGAACACGAAGGGCCAGUCAGACCAAUUGUCUCAGAGGGCAGUCAAGGGAAGAAGGAGUGAUACAGUUAUAGAGGCCACAUCAGAUUUAAGAUUUCAAAUCAAGACUUCACAGAAAAGGACUGAUAAGGGCAGCAAGGAUGGCAGCAUUAAGUCCCAGAUCUCACGUAGUGAAACACUUAGUUCCCAAACUGGAGAUUCAAAAGCAAGGCAUCAGGGGAGUGAACUCAUUUUGAGAGGUCUCUCAGAUAGAAUGAUAACAGGUGGUGCAAAGCAAAGUCCAUGGUUUAGUGAAAGCAGCCAGCUGCAGAGGCGGCCGUACAGCAGAUCAGACAGCAACUUGAUACCUUCUCAGAUGAACAGCCAGUCACAUUUGCGACCACGUUCUCGACUGCGUCAAAUCGUGAGUGCCUUGAGCUUGCCAAGUGUGCCAGAGGCAGCUGCUGAAGUGGAAGCUGAGCUUGACCAGGUGCCUCUCAUCUCGGGACCAGAAAUGGCAGCUUUAGUGGCUGCAGUUCCACGACGAAAACACCGUGGGCGAUACAUAAUGGAAGACGAACGACGACACUCAGAGCCUGUGGGUGACAGACUUGCAGAUGCAUUUGAACAAUACACAGCUGACAUAGAGAAUAGUAAGAGCCAGGAGGAUGUGCAUCAGGCAGACAGGAUUUCUAACACAUUUCUGAACUGGUCUACAUAUCUUGCACAACCGUCAUUGACUGGGUCAGAGACCAUUUCUAAGGAACCAUCAGAAAUAACCAUUCCAAGUGUCAUGCUUACUGAAGAAUCAUCUAGCAACAUGGGCGUAAUAUCAUCAUCUGAACAGUUAUUUAAUCCUCUGAAUCCUGAAGAUGCAGCUUUUGCCUUGGAGCCUCAUCCAACCUUCCCAGCGGAUGUUAUGAUAGAGAGAGACCUUAGGGAAGACUUAAAUGAGGCUCAAGAAGUCACUAAUGUCUUCCAGGAAGAGCUUCAUUAUGAUAGUUCUCCUAAGGCUGGAACUAAGCGAGAACAUGGCUCUGGGCAAAAAGGUGAGGAACAAGUAGAAACAGCAGUUAAGAAGAAAAGAGAUCAAAACCAAUGGAGCCAAUCAACAGAACAUGAAUUGCAUUCUGUGGUGUAUGGCACCCAGACAGCUGAUCAUCCUAAUGUUCUUUGCACACCACAGACCCCUCCAAAUGACAGUGGCAUUAAAAGGAUCACAAAGGGGAGCAUUGGUGAGGAAAUUCUUCCAGGGGCCUCAGGAUUGAGUUCUAUUGAUGAAGGGACCAAAGACAAGAGCUGUGAGGGACACUUCGUGACAGACACCGUCAGUCUUGGUGACAGUAAUGAGGAAUUGAGAGACAGAGUGAAAUCAGACCAAGUCCUGAUUACAAAGAUGUUAGAACAUGAUGACAGUGAUCAGGGGCGAAGAAGUGACAGUUGUGAGCCAGAAGAAAACUUUUCGUCUGAUUCAUUGGAUGAAGGAGACAUGUCUGAGCUCCUGGAGUGUACAAACUCCUUGUUCACAGAUACACCUAGUGGUUUGAGUGAAAUAGAAUCUGUAGGCAGUGUGCUUCCAGAUAACCAAACAUUUUUUUUCGCCAUUUUGCCACAAGAGGAUGCUUUGACAUUUAGUACCAGUGGUGCCUCUAAUGCACAGUGUUUCAGUAAUGUGCAUGACAGUUGUAAAAGAUCUGAUAAUUGUGAUUUACAGAUUGAAAAUUUUGUUGUGGUUCCUCAGGAUCAGCUUGUGUCUUGUAGCAUGAUGCCUUCUCUGAAACUGUCUGAAUCAUUUCCCAGUGAUCGUCAGCAUCAGGAACAGCACAAAGUUGCUGAUGUGAGGAUAAGUGUCCCUCAGUCGCAACAAUCAAUUGGGGAUUCUUUUUCUUCCACUACACCAAGCACUGACGAACUUCAUGUUACUAAGAUGCCAGACUGUGAAGAUCAUGCAAUCCUAACGAUCAAUGCAGAUACAGUAAAUCUUAUGACCUCCCAGAUCCAGAAUGAAGUUCCCAUACAGCUAUCCCAGUCCGCAGGUUUCCAGUGUGUCACAGGAAGCAUGUUGUCAGAUAUGCCUGUUUUACAAGAAGAUGAGGAUAAUGAAAGUGAACUUCAUGUGACACGGGACAUUACCUCAGGGACCUGUCCUUCUGGAAUUGCAGUCAGCAUGCUCACGCUUUCUGAGGAUGAGGAAGGAAGCCAGCUAUCAGAUGAAACAUCGGCUUCAAACAUUGAAAAGCAGUUACAUUUAUGGCAAGAGGUGUUGCAGCAGCUUUCACCAAGUAGGCAACCAGAUGGUGUCCAUGGUACAAGAUGUACGAAUGGCCAUAAUGUACUACAUGCAUCCAACAGCCGCAGAAACAAAAGGCGUCAGCACUCAAGACAGCUGAAAGGAUCGGACUCAGAAAAUGCAGAAUAUUUUUCUGAUGACUCACUGGUAUCAGGAGCAAAUUCACGAUCUUCCUCUCGACCAAGCUCUGGCUCACGGAGACGCCGUCGACCAGUGGUCAAGUCACUGGAUGUAGCAGUUAAAAAGAGACGAGGUCAAAGUUCAGAAGAGUAUGUGACCUCAGACAAUGACAGCAUCUUUUCAGAUGAUUCUUUGACUCAGUCCAGUGGGCAUCAAGAUGCAUCUGUUAGCCAUAUUUCCUCUAUCACAUCCUGCAUCCAACACCUGACAGAGGAGCUUACUGCUGAUGAUGAAGCAGCACUUCCCAAGAGCAGAACUAGAAAUGACUAUCUUUUCCAGACUGACCGGCUAACAGGUGCUGUGGUGGAAGGUCCAUGCUUUGAAAUAACAUCCCUUGAAAACAUUGCUACAAUGGCAGAGCAGCAAUUGAGUGUUCCAGAGUUAGUGUCCUAUUUUGAAUCAGAGGCUGCAGGGAAGUCAUCAACAGACAAAGUAUAUUGCAAGAAGACCAAGAAAGGUAACUCAUCAUCUUCGAGCACAGAUGAAGAUGGAGGCGAGCUGACCUCGGAGGGAACACAGACCUGUGGCAGCAGUCUGUUGAUGGGUCGAGGUCCUCUUAGUUUAUGGAGUGGCGGAGACAAACAUGCUGACACUUCUGAUAGAGUCCAUGAUGCUAUGCAUGGUCAGCAGGCCAUUGUUGAGUCAUCCUUUGUAUCCUCUCAUGCACGACGGUCUUGGAACCUGUCAAUAACUCCUACAAUUAUCUGGGACAGCAGCAUUCAGCAAGGUGAAGACGAGACUGAUACAGGAUACAGGAAAUCUAAAUCGCAGAAAUCUGAGACAGACCUUGAGAAACAGCUGCAGCAGAACAAGCUGACAGAUUUACAUUCUAAAUAUGGCUUGUUUGGAGAGGAAGAACAAUUGUCAGAUGAAGAGAAUGAUUUUAGCUUCAGUGAGUCAUGGGAUGCCCACUCUAAGCCCUUACAUGCUGUUCAAGAUUUUCAGAGUUCUUUACAGUGGAAGAUGCAUAAAGAGGUGACAGACCAGGAGGGCCGAGUUCGGUUUGAGGUGACUAUUAACCAAGAUGAGACCAAUAUUUUGUACAAUGUUGAAAAGACUGAAUACAAGACAUACUGUCUUCGUGAUUCCUUUGAUGGAAGUGUAGAUGAAACGGCUAGAGAAAUUCCUAAUACCAUUAAUGUCAACCUGACAGAAACAACAGUGCAGCGUCGUGAGAAUCAUUUUGAGACCAUUACCAAAAGCCAAGUAGUUUUUGAUGGUGCCUCAGGUGGUGCUAGUGAUGUUGUUUACACUGAGAGUAAGCAUGAAGAGUGUCACUCACUGGAAUAUGACCUAGAGAAAGAAAAUGGAAACAUCAGCAGGGAAAGUUCAGUAGAAAGACAUCUCACAGAUGAAGACUCUGACUCGUAUUUGAAAUUCAAAGACUCAGUGAUGGAUAGUCAAGCUGUUGUCCAAAAUAAAGAUAGUCUGGACAAAAACUCUGUCUCAGUUGGCAAUGACUCAGAUUCAAGUGCUUACCAUCAAAAGCCUAACACUCACUUGUUCCAGAGUUCUGAGAAGAAAGAAUAUGUUACAGAGGUAGGUGAUGUUUGUGAUUCUCCAUGGACUACAAGGUCUCCAUUGGAGUGUGAGAUGCACAUUGAUACUGCAAAUGACCAGCAGCAUGGGAAAUCCUUGUUGGGAGUACAGCCCCUUGUUCAGUGUAGUGUGCCUGGCAAGGUCCACAAGUGUGACAGUGAAGUGCCAGUGGAGUCAUUUGUACCCCAAUCUUCUAUUUCACAAACUGUGUCUUCUGUUAAAGAUGGAGAAUAUGGAACAAGUUAUGAUGCUCUUUUGCAAGAAAAUCAGAACUCCACAAUCUCACCAGCACCAGCAGCAGAUGUUGCCCAAAAGCUGCACUUGCAGAGAGAAGACAUUGUGAAUUCUCUUUACAGAGGCAGAGGUGGGGUGAUGGCCACCCAGCUUCAUCAGACAAUAAGCAUGCAUCAAGACAGGCCAAAGCAGAACACCUCUUUUGGAAUUUCAUACCACUCACCACAACUCUGCGAAUUACAAGAAAAACAAGAUCCAGAAGAAAUAGGCAUCUCCUCGGAAUCAUCCCACAACAGAUUAGCAAGCAGAGACACCAUAAUAUCAGAAGGUAUUCUUCAGACCAAAAGUGGUGUGAUAAUACCAUUAUCUGUGGUCCACUCCACUGAGACUAGGCACUCACCAGUGACAGUCUCCACCACAGAUCAUUCUGUUCAGGCAGAAAACAACAUAGAUAGCCUUUAUGACAGCGAUGAUAUGACAGGGAAGAGGACAGACCAUUCUGAUGACAGAGAUGAAAUUCAGGUAGAGAUGGACACCCAUCACUUUGACGACAAUGACAAUGACAGUUGCAAAAUUGGGACAGGGAAACACACAGAUCAUUCUGAGGACAGCAGUAGAAUGCCUAGCAGAAAGGGCAAAGAAUACUCUGAUGACUGUGCUAACUAUCAGUCAGAGAAAAGCACAGAUCAUUCUGAUGACAAGGGCAGUCCUGAAAUUCAUACAGAAAAGCAUACAGAUCAUUCUGAUAACAGUCUUCAAUUUCAGACAGAGAAUGGCACAGCCUAUUGUAAUGAUAGUGGUGAAAUUCAUAUUAUGAAGAGCAUGGACUUCUCUAAUGACGGUUCUUAUUCUCAGAUGGAGAAAUACAAAGAUCUCCCUGAUUGUAGUGGUGACUUUAAGGAAGAAAUGAGCACAGACUAUUUUGAUAACAGUGGUAAACCUCAGCCAACAAAGAGCAUUGAUCAUAUUGAUACUGAUAAACUUCAGCCACAGGAGUACGGUUCUGGUGAUUGUGGUGAAACACUAGCAGUAAAGAACAAAGACCAUUCUGAUGACAGUGAUGAAAUACUGGAAACAGAGAGCACAGACCAUUUAGGUGAGCGUGGUGAUCUUCAACCAGAGAUGACUACAGACUGUUUCAAUAACCGAGACCAAUUUCAGCCUGAGAAGAAUAGUCAACAACAUAAUGAUAGUGAUGAAAAUGAGCCAGAUAAGUACACAAGCUGUUCUUAUGACGCUGGUGAUUUUCAGGCAGAGAAAAAUGUUGAUCGUUUCAAUUAUGGUAGUAAAUUUUGUACCAUGAAAAGCAGAGAUUUCUCUGUUGACUUUAUUGAACACAAAAAAGAGAAUAGCACAAAUUAUUUUGAUGACAGUGAAAAGCUACAAACAGAUAAGCCCACAAACUGUUCUGAUGAUGGUGAUCAAGUUCAGACAGAAGAAGGCACAUACCCAUCUGAUGACAGCAAAAGUCAGACAAGAAAGAACACAAACUCUUUUGAUGAUAACGGUCAACAUUUGGCAGAGAAGGGGACAGAUUCGUCUGAUGAUAGUGACAAACUUAAGCCAGAGAAAUUCACAGAUCAUUUUGAUGGCAGUUGUGAGAUUCACAAAGAAAAGAGUACAGACCAUUCUGAUGACAGUGACAAACUUCAGUCAAAGAAGUGUAGUCACCAUAUUGAUAGUGGAGAACAUCAGCCAGAGAUGAGCACAAAUCAUUGUGACGAUGGUGAAAUUCAGGCAAAGAAUAACAUUAUUCAUUCUGGUCACAGUAGUGAAAUUCAUACCACAAAGGGCAAAAAUGUUUCCAAUACCUCCGGUGAACACCAUAAAGAGAACGGCACAGAUCAUUCAAAUGACAAUGACGAAAUUCUGGCAGAGAAUAGUGCAGAUCACUAUGAUGACACUGAUAAAAUUCUUACAGAGAAGUGUGUAGAUCAUUCUGAUGACAGCAGAAGGAUUCUGUUGGAAAAGAGCCCUGAUUAUUCUGAUGACAGUACCAAAAAUCUUUCAGAGAAUAGCACAGAUAACUCUGGUGACAGUGGUCAAAUUCCGGUAGAGAAGAGUGCAUACAAUUCUGAUGACAGCGACAGACCUCAGGCAGAAAAGAGUGCAGAUCAUUCUGAUGGCAGUGACAAAAUUCUUACAGAGGAGAGUGCGCAUUAUUUUGACAUCAGUGACAGAGUUUUGGCAGAGAAGAUAACAGAUCAUUCUGAUGACAGCAAUAAAGCUUUUGCAGAGAAUAAUGCAGAUCAUUCUGAUGAGAGUGAUAAAUUUCAGUCAAAGAAGAACAGUGACCAUACUGACAUGGGUAAAUUUGACCCUGCAAAAACCAUGUACCAUUGUGAGGAUGAUGUUAAAAUUCAGUCAGAGGAAAUCAUUGAUAAUGCUGAUCACUUUGAGAAUGUUGGUACCAUGAAGAGUGCAGACUUUUCUGAUGACAGUGACAGAAUUCUGGCAGAGAAGAGCACAGAUCAUUGUGAUUACAAUGGCAAAUUUCUGGCAGAGAAGAGCAAAGACCAUGCUGAUGACAGUGACAGAACUCUCGCAGAAAAAAGUGCAGAUCAUUCUGAUGAAAGUGCCAGAAUUCUGGAAGAGAAGAUCACAGAUCAUUCUGAUGAAAGUAAUGCAUUUCUCACAAAGACAAGUGCAGAUCAUUCUGAUGACAGUGAGACAAUUCUGAAAGAGAAGAGCACAGAUCAUGGUGAUGACAGUGACAAAAUUCUGGCAGAGAAUAGUGCACAUUAUUCUGAUGAUAGUGACAGAAUUCUACAAGGAAAUAUCAUAGAUCAUUCUGAUGACAGUGAUAAACUUCAGGGUAAAUUUGAUCCUGACGUUAAAAUUCAGUCAGAGAAGAUCGUUGAUAAUGCUGAUCACUUUGAGAAUGUUGAUACCAUGAAGAGUGCAGACUUUUCUGAUGACGGUGACAGAAUUCUGGAAGAGAAGAUAACAGAUUAUUCUGAUGAAAGUAAUGCAGUUCUCACAAAGACAAGUGCAGAUCAUUCUGAUGACAGUGAGAGAAUUCUGAAAGAGAAGAGCACACAUCAAUCUGAUGGCAGUGACAAAAUUCUUGCAGAGGAUGGUGCACAUUAUUCUGAUGAUAGUGACAGAAUUCUAGAAGGAAAUAUCACAGAUCAUUCUGAUGACAGUGAUAAUCUUCAGCCAGAAAACAGCAGUGAUCAAUCAGACAUGGGUAAAUUUGACCCUGCAAAGACCAUGUACCAUUGUGAGGAUGAUGUUAAAAUUCAGUCAGAGGAAAUCGUCGAUAAUGCUGAUCACUUUGAGAAUGUUAAUACCAUGAAGAGUGCAGACUAUUCUGAUGACAUUGACAGAAUUCUGGCAGAGAAGAUAACAGAUCAUUCUGAUGAAAGUAAUGCAAUUCUCACAAAGACAAGUGCAGAUCAUUCUGAUGACAGUGAGCGAAUUCUGAAAGAGAAGACAACACAUCAAUCUGAUGGCAGUGACAAAACUCUGGCAGAGAAGAGCGUAGACCAUUCUGAUGACAGUGAGAGAAUUCUGCAAGAGAAGAGCAAAGAUAAUUCUGAUGGCAGUGACAAAAUUGUGGCAGAGAAGAGCAUAGACCAUGCUGAUGACAGUGACAAAACUCUGGCAGAGGAUAGUGCACAUUAUUCUGAUGAUAGUGACAGAAUUCUAGAAGGAAACAUCACAGAUCAUUCUGAUGACAGUGAUAAACUUCAGCCAGAAAACAGCAGUGAUCAAUCAGACAUGGGUAAAUUUGACCCUGCAAAGACCAUGUACCAUUGUGAGGAUGAUAUUAAAAUUCAGUCAGAGAAGAUCAUUGAUAAUGCUGAUCACUUUGAGAAUGUUAAUACCAUGAAGAGUGCAGACUAUUCUGAUGACAUUGACAGAAUUCUGGCAGAGAAGAUAACAGAUCAUUCUGAUGAAAGUAAUGCAAUUCUCACAAAGACAAGUGCAGAUCAUUCUGAUGACAGUGAGAGAAUUCUGCAAGAGAAGAGCACAGAUAAUUCUGAUGGCAGUGACAAAAUUGUGGCAGAGAAGAGCAUAGACCAUGCUGAUGACAGUGACAAAACUCUGGCAGAGGAUAGUGCACAUUAUUCUGAUGAUAGUGACAGAAUUCUAGAAGGAAACAUCACAGAUCAUUCUGAUGACAGUGAUAAACUUCAGCCAAAGAAGAGCAGUGAACACACAGACGUGGGUAAAUUUGACCCUGCAGAGACCAUGUACCAUUGUGAGGAUGAUGUUAAAAUUCAAGCAGAAAAGAUCGUUGAUAAUGCUGAUCACUUUGAGAAUGUUGAUACCAUGAAGAGUGCAGACUUUUCUGAUGACAGUGACAAAAUUCUGGCAGAUAAGAGCAUAGACCAUUCUGAUGACAGUGAUAAAACUUUGGCUGAAAAAUGUGCAGAUCCUUCUGAUGGCAGUAACAGAAUUCUGAAAGAGAAGAUCACAGAUCAUUCUGAUGAAAGUAAUGCAUUUCUCACAAAGCCAAGUGCAGAUCAUGGUGGUGACAGUGACAAAAUUGUGGCAGAGAAGACCAUAGACCAUGCUGAUGACAGUGACAGAACUCUGGCAGAGAAGAGUGCAGAUCAUUCUGAUGACAGUGACAAAACUUUAGCAGAGGAUAGUGCACAUUAUUCUGAUGAUAGUGACAGAAUUCUAGAAGGAAAUAUCGCAGAUCAUUCUGAUGACAGUGAGAGAAUUCUGGCAGAGAAGAGCAAAGACCAUGCUGAUGACAAGGACAGAACUCUGAAAGAGAAGAUCACAGAUCAUUCUGAUGAAAGUAAUGCAAUUCUCGCAAAGACAGGAGCAGAUCAUGGUGAUGACAGUGACAGAAUUCUGAAAGAGAAGAGCACAGAUCAAUCUGAUGCUAAUGGCAAAAUUCUUGAAGAGAAUACUGCAGAUCAUUCUGAUGACAGUAAUGCAAUUCGUGCAAAAACGAGCUUAGAUUAUUCUGAAGACAGUGAGAGAAUUCUGGCAGAGAAGAGCAUAGAUCAGUCUGAGGGCAGUGACAAAUUUCUGGCGGAGAUGAGCGUGAAUCAUUCUGAUGACAGUGACAAAAUUCUGGCAGGAAAGAGCAUAGAUCAUGCUGAUGACAGUGACAGAGUUGUGGCAGAGAAGAGUGCAGAUGAUUCUAAUGACGGUUACAACAUUCUUGAAAAGAGUGCAGCUCCUUCUGAUAAUAGUGACAGAAUUGUGAAUGUUGAGACCAUGAAGGGUACAGAUGUUUCUAAUGACAGUGACAGAGUUUUAGCAAGGAUGAGUGCAGAUUAUUUUAAUGACAGUGACAAAACUCUGGCAAAGGAGAGUGCACAUUAUUCUGAUGAUAGUGAAAGAGUUCUGAAUGUUGAUACCAUGAAGGGUACAGAUGUUUAUGAUGACAGUGACAGAGUUUUAGCAAAGAUGAGUGCAGAUCAUUCUGAUGACAGUGACAAAACUCUGGCAGACACGAGCAUGGAUUAUUCUGACAGAAUUCUUAGAGAGAAAAGCACAGACCAUACUGAUGAUGGUAACAAAACUCUGGCAGAGAAGAGCAUAGACCAUGCUGAUGACAGUGACAGAAUUCUGGCAGAGAAGAGUCCAGAUCAUUUUAAUGACUGUGACAAAACUCUGGCAGAGGAUAGUGCCCAUUAUUCUGAUGAUAGUGACAGAAUUCUAGAAGGAAACAUCACAGAUCAUUCUGAUGAUAGUAAUAAAGUGUUGGCAGAAAAGAGAGUGUAUCAUUCAAAUGACAGUGACAAACUUGUUACAGAGAAGAGUGCAUAUCAUUCAAAUGACAGUGACAAUCAACUUACAGAGAAGAGUGCAGAUCAUUCAAAUGACAGUGACAAUCAACUUACAGAGAAGAGUGCAGAUCAUUCUGAUGGCAGUGACAAAAUUCCUGCAGACAUGAGCAUGGAUUAUUCUGAUGACAUUGACAGACUUCUUACAGAGAAAAGCAUAGACCAUACUGAUGAUGGUAACAAGACUCUGGCAGAUAAUUCUGAUGGCAGUGACAAAAUUGUGGCAGAGAAGAGCAUAGACCAUACUGAUGACCAUGACAGAAUUCUUGCAGAGAAGAGUGCAGAUUAUUCUCAUGACAGUGAUAGAAUUCUUGCAGAGAAGAGUGCAGAUUAUUCUCAUGACAGUGAUAGAAUUCUUGCAGAGAAGAGUGCACAUUAUUCUGAUGAUAGUGACAGCAUUCUAGAAGGAAAUAUCACAGAUCAUUCUGAUGAUAGUAAUAAAAUGUUUGCUGAGAAGAGCACAUAUUCAAAUGACAGUGACAAACUUCUUACAGAGAAGAGUGCAGACCAUUCUGAUGGCAGUGACAAAAUUCCUGCAGACAUGAGCGUGGAUUAUUCUGUUGACAGUGACAUAAUUCUUAGAGAGAAAAGCAUAAACCAUACUGAUGGUGGUAACAAAACUCUGUCAGAGAAGAGCACAGAUAAUUCUGAUGGCAGGGACAAAAUUGUGGCAGAGAAGAGCAUAGACCAUGCUGAUGACCAUGACAGAAUUCUUGCAGAGAAGACUGCAGAUAAUACUCAUGACAGUGACAAAAUUCUGGAAGAGAAGAGCACAGAAAAUUCUGAUGACAAAAUUCUAGAAGGAAAUGUUACAGAUCAUUCUGAUGAUAGUAAUAAAAUGUUGGCAGAGAAGAGUGCAUAUCAUUCAAAUGAUAGUGACAAACAACUUCCAGAGAAGAAUGCAGAUCAUUCUGAUGAAGGUGAAAAAUUUCUGGCAGUGACAAGCACGGAUCUUUCUGAUGGCAUUGAUAAACCUCUGGCAGAGAAGAGCAUGAAUGAUUCUAAUGACAGUGACAAAAUUCUUGCAAAGAUGAGUGCUGAUCAUUCUGAUGGCAGUGACAAAAUGUUUAAAGAAAAAAGUGCAGAUUGUUCUGAAAACAGUGACCGAAUUCUGUCAGAGACGAGCAGAGAUCAUUCUGAUUACAGUGACAAAAUUCUGGCAGAGAAAAGUGCAGAUCAUUUUGAUGACAGUGAUAGAAUUCUGGUGGAGGAGAGCACAGAUCAUUCUGACAGUGACAAACUACAGCUAGAGAAGACCAAUGACCAAGCAAACGUGGCUAAAUUUCAUUCUUUGAAGACCAUGCACCUUUGGGAUGAUAUUGGUGAAAUUCAGUCAGAGAUCAUUGAUAAUUCUGAUUACAAUGAGAAUGUUAAUACCUUGAAGAGUACAGACUUUUCUUAUGACAGUGAUAGAAUUCUUACAGAGAAGAGCACAGAUCAUUCUAAUGACAGUGACAGAAUUCUGGCAGACAAGAGUGCAGCUUAUUCUUACAACAGGGACAGAAUUCUGUUAGAGAAGAGCACAGAUCAUUCUGACGACAUUGGAAAAAUUCUGGGAGAGAAGAGUGCAGAUCAUUCUGAUGACACCAGCACCAUUCUUACAGAAAAUAGUACAGAUCACUUAAAUGGAAAAAUUAUAGCAAAUAAGAGCACAGAUCAUUGUGAUGACAGUGACAAAAUUCUAGCAGAGAUGAUUACAGAUCAUUCUGACGACGGUGACAGAACUCUGGCAGAAAUGAGCGCAGAUCGUUCCGAAGACAGGAGCAAAAUUCUAGCAAAGAAGAGCACAGAUCAUUCUGAUGACAGUGACAGAAUUCUAGCAAAGAAGAGUGCAGAUCAUUCUGACGACAGUGACCAAAUCCCGGCAAAAAAGAGCACGGACUAUUAUGAGGACAGUGUUCAAUUACCAACAGAGAAGUGGACAGACCAUUCUGAUGACAAUGACAAUCUUCAGUUGGAGAUGAGUAGUGACCAUUUUGACAGUGGUAGAAAUGAAAUUCAGUUAGAGAACACAGACUAUUUUGAUGAAAGUGAAGUUCACACAGAGAAGGGCAUAGACUAUUCUGAGGACAUAGGUAAGCCUCAGUUAGAAAAACACACAGAGCUUUUUGACCACAGUGGUGAAAUGAAAGAAGAAAAGUAUUCAUGCCAUUCUUAUGAAGUUCAGGCAAAGAAGGACACUGAACAUCCAAAUGAUACUGGCAAAAUUGACAGAGAGAAAAGCUCAGGCUAUUCUGAAGACAUUAAGACAGAGAUGACCUCCAACCUGUCUGAUGACAGUUGUAAAAUUCAAGAAGUAAAGAACACCGACUAUUCCAAUGACAGUGGUCAACUUCUGGCACAGAUGCACAUAGAGUAUUCUGAUGACAGGAGUGAAAUUCAGGCAGCAAAGAGCAAAACUUUUUCUAAUGACAAUGGCGAAAUUCAGGCAGAAAAUAUAGAUCAUUCUGAAGUCAGUUACAAAUUUCCAGCACAGAGCAUCAGUGACUAUACUGAUGAUGGUGAUGUUAGUAGUAACAGUAAGGCAGAGAAGAGUGCAGAUCAUUCUGAUUACAGUGACAGAAUUCUGGCAGAGAACAGUGCAGAUUAUUCUGAUGAUAGAGACAAAAUUCAGGCAGAGAAAAGUGCAGGUCAUUCUGAUGACAGUGACAGAAUUCUGGCAGAGAAAAGUGCAGGUCAUUCUGAUGACAGUGACAGAAUUCUUACCAAGAACACCACAGAUCAUUCUGAUGACAGUAACAGAAUUCUGGUAGAAAAGAGCACAGAUAGUUCUGAUGACAGUGAUAGCAUUCCGGCAGAGAAAAGCACAGAUCAUUUUGACGACAGUGACAAAAUUCAAGAAGAAAAUAUAAUAGAUCAUUCUGAGGUCAGUUGCAAGUUUCCAGCACAUUUUGACCAUACCGAGGAUGGUGAUGUUAGCAGCAGUAAGGCAGAGAAGAGAACAGAAUCUGGCAUGCUUCAAAUUUGUAUCCGCAGUGAGAGUCUUGCUAAGGAUAGAGCAGAAGUUCCUGCUCUGCAAACCUCAGGACAAGACUUUUCCUUUGAAGCUCAUGGUCCCAACAAGCAGAGCACGGGAGAACAGACAACAGUCAUUUCCAUACCUAGUAGUUUUGAUCUUUCUGGUGGAAUUGAAAAUUUGACAGAGCAGAAUGUAUUGAUGUCUGACAGUUCUAUACCAGCUCUCAGCAAAGAUUCAGCCAUUGGAAAUACAUCAAUUGGCAAGUUGAGUGAUGAUGUGAGCAUGCAUUCACAGGAAGAAAUGAUCUCUCUUAAGGACUUGACUUUUGGUCAGAACCAUGGUCAACAAAAUGCUUUUGAGAACAGUAUUAAUGAAUUCCAGUCAGGACAGAUAAGUCCUUCAGCAGAAACAGAGAAUGUCAAGCUCAUUCCUACUGAGAUUUGGACUGAUUUCAGCCUUGCAGCCUCAGAAAGGAGCAGUGAAAGUCAGGACACACAGUUUCAUAUACUGUCUGCUGAGUUCUUGGAAGAAGCUCGUAAGCAUCAAGCAGUUCUUGAAAGCAUAGUGUCAGACACCUUCAAAACAACUGCACCAGCAGCUCAGGAGGGAUCCUCCAGCAAAGUCUUGAAUGUAUUACCAAGUUUCAGAACAGAAAUUGACCAAAAAUGUAUGGAUUCGUUUGUGACCGAACAUUCAGAAGAAAAAAUUAUGAGAUUGGCGUAUACAAGUGAGCAGCAGCCAGAGGGUACCAUUAGGAUGAUCACAAAACAGAAUGAUAGUGAACCUGAAAGUUUGAUGUCUUCUGAAGACCAGUCCAGACCAGUAUGUGAGAGCCCAUCCAUUGAAAGGCAUCCUGUGGAGAGUGUGGAACAACUGCCUCCUGUUCUAGUGGAAGAUGGACCACAGUCUCCUCUAGUGUAUCCUGUGUGUCAUGAUGGUUUGCUUAUGAGCAUGUCUAGUUCAUGCAGUGAAGAAGCAUACAGCUGGAUUGAGUCUUUUAUUCAGGAGGUACCCACUGCCUCUUCAUCAACUUCUAUGCUAAACAGAGGCAGGCUAACGUCUGAGGAGAUUGCUGAGACAUUGUUGGCAGAAGUGCAGGCCCAGAACAGACUAUUACAAGGGCAGGAUUUAGCGUACCCUAUGGAACAAAAGGUUGCUCCUCAGCUGGAAGACCAAAUAGACAGCAGUGAUGUUUUUGCAUAUCAUUCUGAGGCAAUUGCAGGACAAGAAAUUUUUGUGGCUCCUAGCUUAACUGACAAGGAAGAGAAAGAAGGUACCCAGCAUGUUGAAUCUGUGACUCCUGUUUCUCAGAAAUCUGAUAGUGCAGAGAGUAUUGAUGAUAGCAAUUUGCAGAGUCCCAUUAUCACAGGAAAGAGGAUGGAUGGAUGGAAAGAGCAAGAGGAUGACUUAUUUUUAUCUCCAGGAGACACAUCUGUAGAGUUCUCUGAGAGGAUUCCUUUGGGAGCUGAUGGUUGCUUGGCAUCUUCACCAAUAUUUGGUUCAACAUUACCUAGUUACAGCCAGAGCUGGAGGCAGUCCAUGCCAGUGUUUGACACUCAGUCAGGGAUAGGACUUCUUAGAGAAGAGUUGUCUUUGCCGUCAGAUGUUUCAGCAGACGACUCAUUUUACGUUGCAAGAAACAUCACAAACAAUACUGGUGGCAGUUCAGAAGUAUCUUUUUGCCAUACACCACGUUCAAAUGAGUCACUAGAUAUGUCAGCAGAUGAUUCAUUUUACACUGCAAGUAACACAGCAAACAAUACUGGUGACAGUUCAGAAACAUCUGUUUACCGUACACCACAGCUUUCACCUGUGAAUAGGUGUGACCCUGACUUAGUUGAUGCACAGAAAACUAAGGACGUGCUCAAGCAUGACAUCUCAGUUGCUGCAUUCUCCCAUGCUUUAUCAACAGUAGCUUCAAGCCUUGCUAGUACUGGUGGUCAGUUUUCACCUCAUGGAAGCACACUUGAAGCAGUGACACAAUGGCAUAUGUUUGAAGAUGCUACUGAAGCAGGGGCCAUGUUAGAAGCUUUGAAGCAGAAAGCAAAACGUGAAAUUGCCAGACUGCAACAAAGAGUGCGUUCCCUCAGUGACUCUGCAAUAAGUUCUGACUUUACUGAGCCAGAGUCAACGUCAGUGUCACCUUGCAGCUCUCGCAUGCGUGAAGCCGAUACUAGACGGGAUGGCUUAGCAUUAGAUAUUGCCUCCAGAAAUAUAUUCUGUAACAUGGAAACUGUUCAAAAUGUGCACAAUGUCUUUGUGACUGGGACAGACAGCCAGGUUUUUUCUCCUGACAUUGUCUUACAAGCUCAUUCUUUGUCAGUGGAUGGAAGGAAGGAGAAAGCAGAGAAAUCAUUGCAGGACUCUGGUAAUUUACACGACGAUGAAUGGGAAGACACAUUAGAGGAGAUUCAAGGACAGCAAAAAGAGUUAACAGCAUCAGUAGAUGUGAUCAGCAGUGACCAGACAGAGGGGACUCAUGCUUAUUUUUCUGGGAUAGGGGGAGUCAGCAGUGCCAUCAUGCAAGGCCAACAAGCCACCUCGCAGUCCAUCAAACCAGAUGCUCUUUCUUUGCUAGUUAAAACCACAGCACCCAAGUCUUCCAUGACUCCUCAAGUGUCAAAUUUGCCAGCUUCAUUGGCUAAGGUAAACUUGUUGCAGUUACCUGGCCGAUUUCCUGAACGAGUUGUCGAUGCUGUCCUUGCUGUGAGGCUGUCAGAGGUAGCUGGAAAUAAAAUGAGACUAUGUCAAAGAAAGCGCAAAAGACUUCUUGGGAGACAGACGCAGUCUGUGGGUGACAUUGAGGAUCUUUUAAUAAUUGAAGGGCACACAAAACCCCAAAAGGCUUUGCUGAAGCAAGAUUGGGAGGAACUAAAUACAAGUGAUCCAUCAAAUAAUGACACUUCAGUUUCACGAAUAGUAGUAGACAAGGGUCCUGUUUACCAUGGUCAAGACAUUUGUGUAGGUGAUAGGGAUCAAGACUCAGAUCUUCUUCCAAAGACAAGACAGGCAGCAUUGGUGAACCAUAGACCACAGCCUGUUUUGGAGGGGAUAUCUCAUGCUUGGCUUGUUUCCGCUGAGAAGGCUGCUGAAGUUCCAGAGUUGAGCAUUUACUGUGAAGAAAAAUCAGAAAGUCCAGCUUUCACAAAGACUAGGACAGGUUCAGCACAAGAACACUCAGGACCUAAUCUGAAGGAAACGCCUAGAGAGAGAGAGUUAUCCCAUGAUCUUCAAGCGACAGGGCUAACCGAAGACAUGGAGUCAGACUAUGCCACUAGGAAGGCAUUGGUCUGUAAUACUACUGAACCCAAGUCAUCCAUGGAUGUGUCACAGAACUGGUCCAGAAGUCACGAUGGUGUGCUUGCCGGCGAUCUCUCUGAUGAUAAUCUUUUGUCAUCUGGUGAGCUGGAGCUUUCUGAGAUCAAUGCAAGAGCAGUCUUUAGGGAGGGCAGCCCUCACAACAACACUGACUCAGACAGUAGAUCACUGACUCCAGGAGAGCAGAUCCUUGCAGAUAUUCUGGCAAGAGAAAGAAUUCAAAAUAUUCUUGCACAGUCCAGUGAUUCCAAUGACUUGUGGGAAGGGCGGAGGAGAGGACACAGAAGGAUUAGCACUGGCAGCUCUCAACAAAGCUGUGGUGGCCACUUUUCACCUAAUGAACUACUUUUGUCAGGUGAGACGAUACAGCAGCUGCAGCAUGCUGGUAUUGAGAUGAUCCCACAAGAAACUCUUUAUGACUUAAAGUCACAGUCAAGGUUGAUGGAGGUACUUGGUUCACAGGAGCUAACAGCAGGUCAACAAAAGAUGCUUUUGAGGAAAUCACUUUCAUUGUCAAACAUUGGGUGUGGCCAGUAUAGAGAGGAGGAUGAACUGGAUGAGAACAAUGAGUGGCAGAUGAAAUCUUCGUUGUCUCUGACAUGUCUGGAAGAGCUGAUGCAAGAAAUAAACAGCGAAGUUAAUGAAUCAGUUGACAGUAUCUGCUUUGUUUUUGUGGGCCAGGAAAGCAGUGAAGGUGUUGAUCAGCUGAGAAAAACAGACAGCUUUACAACUUCAGAGGGUUCUGAGCACAUAAUUAUGCACCACAGAUCCACCGAGAGCCUCCCAUUCGAACGAGAAGAGCAUGCUGGGUAUUUCAUCCCUCCUUUAUUUGAUCGCUCAGCAUCUGCUGACAAAAUCCAUCUCUUAGUGAGCUCUAAGGCUCCCAGGAAAAGUUCACCCCACCGCUCAAGGUCCACCAGCCUGCUUGAUGUCACAUCUACCAGUGCAGCUUCUGACGAACUUGAUGAAAACAUCUUUCCACCACGUGUUUAUGACAUGUCAGAAUCAAAUGAAGAAGAGCACCCAUCCUUUUUUAGAGAAAAAUCAUCCUUGGACAUUAUAAGAAACUCACUGGGUUACCAGAAUGUUGAAGAUGCUGAAGAAUUGAUCAGCCAUCCUGUGCUUACUCAGGCAGCAGAUUUUCCAGGAGGAAGUCAGGAUUGGAAUGUUAACUUUCAGUCUUUAAAACACCUACCAACUGAUGAAAUGUCACAUAGGGGUUUGUAUGUAGGGUCACCAAGUACCAUUUACCCCUACCAGCUGGAGGAAGACAAUAGGGUCAAUCACAAAGAGUUUCUUAGUGACGGCAGCUUGAUGGAUGCAGCACAACCAGCUGUCUCACAAGUAGAAUCAGGUACGCCUUACUUCAGAUACUACCAGCCAGGCAUCAGACCCCAGCAGGCAGAGAGUGCAGUGCAGACAGACCCAAAUACUGUUUCCAGAAACUCCCAGUUUGGAAUACCAGACCACAGGCAUACUAAAUCAUGGAGCAGGGGAACAGAGAGCUUCCCAUUUUUGAGACGGUCAAAGAGUGGAAGUAGUCUUGAUGACCUCCUUGAGAGUCAUGGAAAAGGGGAUGACCUUCAGUUUCAGCAACAAGGAAGACAACUUCUGUCACCGGGAAGUGAGAGGUGGAUGGAGUUGUCUCAUCUUAUGCUGGAGACCACCCACAUUCUUCAGAACCUUCAGCAGAGUAUGCCAGUUCCAUUGUCGUCACUUCAAUCCUCUGGGAGCUCCUCUGCCAGCAUGAUGAGCACCAGGGUCCGCCACAUGUCCACACAGACUUGGCUUGAUGCUAGCACCCAGACUGAGUCUCUCAGAAGAUCCAGAAGUGUAGAAAACAUCGGCUUUAAUGGACAGACGCUGGAAACUGGUUCUCAGACAACAUCCACUACUGAACUCUCAGGCUCAGCUGCUGUUACCAUUUUGCCAUCACUUUGCCAUUCUGAAGAACAUCAGAAAGUUGUGAUAAAAAUUAAGGAUACUAUGACACAGACUUCAUCUUCAUUAAUGGAUAUGGCAUCUGUAGAGAUUCAAACAGAUCAUACAUCUGACCUGUUUAGUCAUGAUAAUGACAUACAGCUUUCACACUCUUUGUGCCAGACAGAUGACAUGCCAACAGACAGUGAAAUUGUCAUACAGGAUAAAAGAAAACCUUGCAAAAAUGUGGAUUUACCAAGUACAGACACUGCAUCUCAAACAGAAGACACAUCUUUUGAUGACAUUGUCAGUGUUCAAGUUUCUAAAGCAGGCUUGAUUGACUCAAGCAUUGGCACAGAGAGCAGGAGAAGAACUGAGAAUGUACUUCAGAUGAAUGAAAUACCCAUAGAUAAUACUCUAGUAAAUGGUGAUGCUCUCUGGCCAGCUGUAAGGGAUGCAAUCUCUAACAGAGAGAAAAUGGGGACUGUGAAUGCUGCAUAUAAGACAGAUGGAACAACCUUAAGUAACUCCAGUGACCUUGAAGAGUUUAAGACUCAUGCCAUGAAGGAUGCAAGCACUUCAACAGAUAGUUCUGCAGAUAGUGAUCAAAUGUUUAGGCUGGAAUUGACCAGCACUGUCAGUAACAGAGAGAGUAUGCAACUAGUUGACAGCCCAUCACUGAAAGAUGACCUGUGUGUGGGUAAUAUUCUUGACUGUCACCAAAGCAUCGAGUCUUUUGAAAAAGAAGCUGACAGUAAUGGGGAAAUACAAGACAUCGACAAGAUUUCUCAGACAGAUCACACAUCUCCAGAUCAUGUUUCUGAAGGUGAAGAAAUGAGAACACUACCUGCAGCAGACGCAUCGGGUACCAUGGAAAACUUGCAGCAAGAAGACACUAUGUAUAAAGUGGAAGACACACCUCCAGAUAAUACCAAUGAGAUUUUCAGGCCAAACAAGAUGGAUUUGGGUAGCAGCAUGGAGGACACUCAAAGUGAAAAUGUGAAGUUUGACAAAGAACUGAUCCUCAAGCAAGACUUAAGUAAUACUGCAGGUGAUGUGUCCUGUGCUUCUUGCUACCCUAUUAUUAGGGAUGACAUGAAGGUUGCUAGUGGUGGUGUAAACCUACAGUCUGAAGACAUUUUAUGCCAGGUUGAUGGUCAGAUUAUAAAACAGAAUACAGUGGGUGUAGAGAAUAUGCCAGAAUAUAUUUCACGAAAGGACGAUGCACCUACUGAUAGUUCCUUCUGUGAUGAAACACAUAUAAACCAAGAAAUGAAAGAUGCAGAACAUGCAAAAAUAGUAUGUAUUGACAGUCAGAAUGACAUGAAUGCAGGUAGCCAGACCAUUAAGUCAGACAGGACAGAGGAUGGCAGUCAAAAGGGGAUAUUGCACUGGCCAGGGAUUAUAUCUCAGACAGAGGAAAUACUAAAGGAUGACACUUCUGAAAGAGAACAGGUUAUUGAUCAAGGCAAAACAGAUGAAAGCAGUAAAGCAAGAAAUGUGCAUAUAGCAGAAAGUGUGUUUCAGGCAGACGUACCUACCGACACCAUAGCUAGUACUGAAAGUGCUUGUAAAACAAGUGCACAAGAUUCAAGGACAAAAGACAUGCUUGCAAUGGACAUCUUAUCUGAGGAGAUUUCUGUGUGCUCAGAUGACUUGCAUGAUGAUCAGAUUAACAAAGUUUCUAACAGUGAACAACUUGUCAUGCCAGAUCUGAGGGACAAACACAGUAGUGUAGAAGACUUGUCAAUUAUAAGGCCAGACGUGAAAGAUGUAAUCAGUAUCGAUAUAGCUCCUCCUGCUGACAGAACAGAUGUCAUAUCUUAUGAUACAGUUUCUGAGACAAACAUUGAAUCUGUAGCUGGUGCUCUUGCAGAGAUAAGAGAUACAGUUAGUGCCACCGCAAACAUUCAGCCAGUGGACACAGUGUGUCAGACAAAUGUCAUGCCAGCAAAUGAUAGACAAAUGCAUGCGAUGAUAAAAUCCAUCAAGACCUCAAACACAGGAAGUCUGGUACAAGAUAUGCCUUUAGCUGAUUCCUUUGCAGUGCCUGUAGCAGAGAGUGUUAUAAAUGAGGAAGAGCAGUUAUGUGAGCAAAACCUCUUGCCAGACUCAGACCAUGUUUGUGAUUUCAUUGUUCCCUUAGAUGAGGCAGACAGCUCCAUGUUAAAUCAUGCAGAUCUUAGAAUGAAAGGAAAAGUGCAGCCUUCUAGUGCCAUGCAGAAAGAGGAUGAUUCUAAAGAUUCUUGUGAACUGGAGUUAGCAAAGGUCAAUGCCAUGCCAGAAGAGUUGCGGCUGAUUCAAUUGAAGAUUAAGUCUGAUGGUUCCACUAGUUCCCAGGUAGCAGGUUCUAAUGCAGCAGUCAGUCAGUGGCAACAAAAAUUAGAUGGACCCCAAGGUACUGGUGAACAAAAUAUUGAAAACACUGAUUUCUGUUGGUCUAGGAGCGCUGAUUUUGAACCUAAAAUUGAUAACAGUGAGAGUGUUGCCCUCCCAGAAGCCCAGACAAGGCUUUUACUUUCAGAUGUUCAGCAUGUAGUGGCAGUUACUGAUUGGCCUAUCAGUAAAGAGACUGAAGGAAAAGCAAUAUCCAUAAACAGCAUCUUCUGUGAUUCAAGUCAUGAAGAUGCAGAGGAUAGUGGUAAAUCAUAUUUGAUUUCAGAAAAACAUCAAGAACAAAAAGAAAGCAAUACAUCAAGCAUAUCUCAACGCAAACUGGUUUCUGUGUCAACCCAGCAGUCCUUUGAUGGCCACUACCAAUUCACAGUUCCUCUAGAAGGUUCUUUCUCCAGUGUAAUGUUUCCACAAGCAGGCCAUAGAAGCAUGGAUUUCUAUGACUCCUUUGACAGUGGGCACAGUGAAGAAGGCAGAGAUAUCAAUGAUGAUGACAGCAGUACCAUCAGUGAAAGAACUUCAGAAAAAGUGUCCGACAUUGAGACAUCUAAGAGAAAAGUAGGUGCUGAACAUGCAGCCAGAGAUAAAAUACAGACUUUGAUGAACUGGGGAGUUAUAUCUGAACAUGACAAGAGGAUAGCAAGAAAAUGUCAAACUCCAUCAUCACAGACAUCAGCAGACCAGGAAGAGCUAUCUAUGGAAGAAAAUGUUGUGGGUGGGGGGGUGUUUUCACACUCCAAGGCAGCUGUGUCAGCAGAGACAGAAUCAGUUGUCACCCAAUAUUUACACAGUACUGGCUCUUUCUAUGGAAAAGAGGAUCAUUCCUUUGAUUCAGACUCAAGCAACGCUUCAGCAAUUUCAACGGACCUGCCAUCAUUGGUCACUGAUGCCCACAGUUUAGUGCAGAUCAGUGCAGAGGGACUGUUUGUUUCUCCUGAAACCCUUACACUUUCAAACAAUGCUAAUAACAGAAUUAUUUUCAAUACUUUAUCAUCUUCUGAUGUAACCUCAUCACUAAUUCCAGAUAGUUUACAGAUUUUGCCAGCAGACAAUGUCUCAAGAUUGCCAAGUGUAGCUGAAGAUGCUACUGCUGCUUUUCAUUAUACAGAGUCUCCUUAUGCACUAAAGAAAAAUAGAGGUUAUCAAAUGGGAAGCUUUGAUGAAAGUGAAGAACACAAUUACAAACUUGUAGAAAGUGAUGAGAAGAACUGUGAAAGAAGCCAACAAGUUGAGCAAGAUACUUCAGCAAGUGAAAUGAUGACUGUAAGUCAUUCUGAAGAUUCAGCAACACAUAGUCCAGCAUCAGAAUGCUUCCAGGAAGUUAGAGAUGGAGUUGACAUUUCAUCAGCAGUAAUAGAACAGCUGUCACAACUGAAACAGUCUCUAAAACUGACAUAUGCAGUUUCUCUUGAUGCUGAGUAUCUUUCAUUAUCGUCUGCUUCAAAGAAAGAUGGGGAGUUUAUUCAUGAAGAGCCAGCAAGUCACAGUGUAAGUUUGUUGGACACUAGACCUGUAGAGUCCAUCACCAGUGGUAAUAAGUCAUCAUCAGCAGAACCUGUUGAUGUUGGAGAGACAGAAGAGAGCUUAGAUCAUGUGACAGUCCAUUCUGAAAGUGAGGUUGAUCCAGGAGAGUUGGAUGUGAGAUUUCAAGGUCACAUCGAAGAUAAUGAAGCAAUAUCAAUUAAAACUGAGGGCAGUAGGAAAACAGACCAGGAGAUAUGUAACAAUAAAACUCAUAUUGGACCAGGUUUAAGUCUCAGAAAGCAACAGGUGGUAGAGGAGAGCAAGAAAGCAGUGUCAAGAGAGACUGAGGGCAAUGAGGAAAGAGAAGAUGGGCAAUGGAGCACUGCUGAACAGUUACCACAGGAAGUUACAGCUAAGAACAUGAGUAUUGAAUUAAAUGCCAAUAAAGAUGAAAGACAAUGCCAAGAGAAAGUUGUUGAGAUGCUACAAACUGAUGCACAGAACACUGAAGAAAGGCUUGGUAGAAUGGUACCAGAGACUGUUCAUCCCAAGAUCAUGACUGAGAUAGAAGAUGUUAAGCAUGUCAAAAAUGAGUGUCCUGAAAUGUUACAGACACAUGUUGACAACAUCGAUGGAACAAAGCAAACUGUUGACAAAGAACCAUCAACUGUUAGGAAGAUUAAUGUUGUGGCUACUGAUUUCAAUGCUUCAGAGUCCUUAAAGGACAGAAGACAGAACAAAAUAACAUCAGCCAAUAUUCUGGAGACUGAGAAAUCAGCAGAGGGGAUGUGGGUUCCAGGUCAAUUGAAAACUGAGCAUGCAGGCGAUAACUCAGAAGAUGCAAGGCACAGCAGGGUAAUUCCUUAUAUUUGGGAUGACACAGGUGGACAUCUAGUUGCUGAAGAACUCCCAACACUGGUCAAAACUGAAACUGCUAAGCCAGACACUACUGGUAAACAGAGUUUCACCAAAGCAGAAAGUGCUGAACCAUCACCUGAGAGUGAAGGAUUGGGAGACAAGAAAGAGGUGAGGCAGGGCCCCGAGCAGAGCAAUGAUUCAGAAGGUGAGCUGAGUUUUAAGCGUGAGGAAACCCUUGAUGAGUCUCCUGAUGUAAUUUUUAUGCAGCAGGCUGUGACUAUCAUGUCUGGACCAAAUGUUGUCAUCCCCGUUGCUUCAUGUACACCUAAAGAUGUUGGGAAUGAAAGGUACAGGGGAGAAAUGACCAACCAGGGAAGAACAGGAGAAAUUAGCUACAAAUUGGAAGAAGUGGAUAGUGAAAAAGCCCGUGCUCAGCUGCAUGUACUUAGACAGCCAAUGAAAGAUUUGUCAGAACCAGCAAAGGAAACACCCGAUGGCUUGCUUUCGUCUUCAAACCAGCAGACUAGUUGGAUGUCAGAACCAGGUGAUGCUGACUCAGAUGCUGUAAGCCAAUCUGUACAUGAGCUCUAUCCACCAGAACACAAACAGUUCACAGUACCUCAGAGGUUUGGGAUCAUGAAUGAGUUAGAGAAAUUAAGGCAUGAACAUUCACUGAUGAUGCAGCUGCUGGAGAAGUCUAGAAAUACUACUCCUUUCCCUGAUCAGUCUCUUCAGCAAUCUCACAGUACCUGUCCAUAUGAGAUGCAACCAGACUUAAACCUCCCUGGACAGGUUUCUCCAGUCACAAGUAGCAUGGGCCAGAUGCCUAUUAAGAGAUGUCAUGAGGAUGCAUCAGGAAGUCUGAUGCUUCCAGCAGUUUAUUCUCAGGAAACUAAGAUUCUCAAUACAGAUACUCUGCAAGAUCAAGAGAGAUUAUUGUCAGAUGAAGAGAUUGAAUCUCUGAGAGACAGAACAACAACAGCCAUCAGGACAUUAGAAUCACCACUGCUAUCUUCAGAUAGGCCUCACAAACAAGGGAUAGUUUCAGCAUUUGGAUUGUCUUCACAGGCUGGCUUUAGUGAUGUCCCCGAAGUUUCAAAAUCUCAGUCAACUGAAGCAAAAAAAGAAGACUCUAGAGAUCACAGCAUCAUAGCUUGUGAUGAUGAGGACCAUGUAACAGGCAUUGUUGAACAAAAUCUGAAUACAGAAUCUAGGCAUGGACUUUUAACCAGCUCAGACCAGCAGAGAAUUUCAGUUACUGAUCAGCAGGAUACCCUUAAGCCAGCAGACUCAGAAAUCUUGGUGGGACAUCAGGGAGGUCAUCCACAGUUGUCAGGAUUUGACACCAUAGACAGCAAACAUUCAUGUAAGAUGCCUGGUGCAUCUGGCUUCAUGCAGGAGAAUUCCAGGCCACAGGGUGACAUCAGUGUUGCAUCGUCACACGUCCAGUGUCCCACUGAUAUUCCUUUUCAAAAUGACUCACAAGCGAGUAAAUUAAAUAAAAGUUAUUAUAUGACUGGGAAUUCUUUGAGAAAUGUCCCUGCAAUAGAUAAUUUCAUAUCAAGUGAUCUGAAGGCAGAUCAGCAAUGCUUUGGAAGAUAUGGUGUUCACCACCACCUUGACAUGUCAUUGUCACAUGUCAGCACAGGCAUAGAGGCAGCAGUGGAUAUUUCUGAUGAUUUUACACAAACUGCCACUGAGGACUUUGAUCAAAGUGGCAUCCUCCUAAACCCAUUGGACAGAUACAAGGACUCUCAUGCUUCUGCUGAGGAGAGUGAGACCAGGAAAAUACAAACAGAACUUGAUCGUCUGCAGCAAGAACGUAUAGAAAUCAUUGAGCUGUUAUCCUUACAGUACUUGCCAGCAUCUCUGACAGUUGAAAUUCUUGAGGCAAAACUCAACUACUGCAUUGGUCAGACUGAUUUACUCCUAGCCUCCCUUGAGGAUGCCUGGGCUCAAGAGGAAGCAGAUCAUUAUUCAGGGCCUACUAGUGCAGAUAAUGAUUACUUAAUCCUUUACAAACAUCAGUUUGAACAAUCUCGUCAUGACCUCCAAGUGUGCAUGGAGGAGGCUCGUCGUUUCAACAAUGGUUCCAGAGGACGUCGCAUGGCUCGCACUCGGGAUAUUAUUGCCAAGAAACGACAAGCAGAAAUUGAAGCAUUCAAGCUUGAGCGCUGCCGGGAACAGGCCUUAUUGGAGCGGGCACGAAAGUUAACUUCGGAAUCCAGUCCUGAACGAUCCCCAGAUCUCACAUCUCAGAGUUCUGUUACAUCCUCACAGAUAUUCACACCAACCUGCAUGACACCUCGUCAACACCAAGAGCACCUGGUGCAGUUGCGACGUUCUCUUGUUGCAGCUUCUUCAGAUGAGCUUCUCGAGCUGAGAAGAAGGUCCAGCCCUGGCAGAAGUUAUUCUCCAUCUCCUGAUUAUUCCACUUCAUCGAGAUUCACCUCGGUGGACCAUUUUCCCCUUAAUUCCAGCUCAAAUUCUUUUUCCACUGGUCAUUCUACUACACCUGUUCCUAAGCUAGUACACAGCUCUGUUACUCAGCGGAUACCUAGGCUUUAUGUGUCUGAAAGUGACAUUGGUUAUAGAAGGGGUGAGUCUUUGCCAAGAGUUAGCCAUUCUCACCACCCCAAGACAUUCCAUAGAUCAAGCAGCAGUGACCCACCUGGCUUCCCAAGAGAAACGUUUCAUGAGGGAACACUUCUAAAGGAGUUCUACAGCAGCCAUUACCCCAGCUCUGUUUAUGAUGAUGAGGAUCUGGAUCCAGAAAGGCUUCUUGCUGAGAGCUAUAUUGCCCGCCAGCUGAACCAGGAGCAGAUUACAAAAGCAAAGGAAGCACUAAGACUUCUGGAUGCACACUGUAAUAAACAUCAAUCACAUAUUCGUCAAACAAGGUCCUCCACAAUGGAUUUAAGCAGCUUGCGACCACCAUCACAUGAAACCAGCUGGCAAGAGCGAGAAAUUCAACGAGAGAUAAGAAGUCUUCAACAACAGAACAUGUUGCAGUCUUCUUGGGAGAGAACAGGCUAUGGAUCUAGGAUAGUUUCACAAGGUCCACUAACAAGUGAUGGAAGAAGCGUGCUGUCUGGUUUAGCAUCCAUGCCUAGUUCUGACACCUCGUUUGCUGCUUAUGCCCGAGACAUAUUGCUACGUAGUGAACGUCACGUUCAGUCUAUUACCUCCCCUUACGGCACAUCUGCGUACCAGACUGCUGGUUGUGGUCGUGUCAGUGACUUUGGUGAUGCAUCACUUGCAGCUUCAUCUGCAGACAAUGAGUUGGUGAUGCCAUCAUGGUCAUCUUCCUUGCCCAGGAGAAGUACGGCUAUGUCACAACCUAUCUGUUCUCGGGAUGCCAGGACUCAACGUUUACAAAAAAAAUAUAAGAAUUGACACUGUUAUUUGCAGAAAUGAAAAAAA